ACUCUGUGCUCGAUUAGUUCCGUCUUUCUGAACUGAGGAAACAAAUCGAGCUGAAUCAUCGCGCUCUCAGAGGAUAGUCGCCUGGUUUAUAGCAAAUAUGUUUCGGAACCAGUAUGACAACGAUGUGACCGUGUGGAGUCCUCAGGGUCGCAUUCAUCAGAUCGAGUAUGCGAUGGAGGCAGUGAAGCAGGGUUCAGCCACCGUCGGCCUCAAAUCACGCACUCACGCUGUUCUCGUGGCCCUCAAGAGAGCUCAGUCUGAACUGGCCGCCCAUCAGAAGAAGAUCCUGCAUGUUGACAAUCACGUGGGCAUUUCCAUUGCAGGACUGACGGCAGAUGCCAGACUCCUCUGCAACUUCAUGCGGCAGGAGUGUCUGGACUCCAGGUUCGUCUUCGAUAGACCUCUUCCUGUGUCUAGACUGGUCUCGCUCAUUGGAAGCAAAACUCAGAUUCCCACGCAGCGCUACGGCAGACGGCCCUAUGGAGUGGGGCUGCUGAUCGCAGGAUAUGAUGACAUGGGGCCGCACAUCUUCCAGACGUGCCCCUCAGCCAACUACUUUGACUGUAAAGCCAUGUCGAUCGGCGCUCGCUCGCAGUCGGCCCGCACAUACCUGGAGAGACACAUGGAGGCCUUCUUGGACUGUAGUCUGAAUGAGCUGGUGCAGCAUGGUCUGCGUGCGCUGCGCGAGACUCUUCCUGCUGAACAGGAUCUGACCACAAAGAACGUGUCCAUUGGGAUUGUGGGAAAGGAAACGGAGUUCACCAUCUAUGACGACGACGAUGUGGCAUCGUUCCUGGAGGGUCUGGAGGAGAGACCCCAAAGAAGGGUGGCCCAGCCAGCAGAUGAAGCGGCUCCAGCUGUACCUGAUGAACCCAUGGAGCACUAACAUGUACUGCUGUAGUUCUGUCUGUGUCACUUCAAGUUGACUGGAGCUUCUCUGGCUCGCUGACAUAAAAUAAAAAAUUAACAUUUAAACUCCUCACACAUUAUACAUUACACAAUGAAACCUUCAUUUUCUAUCUGUGAGUUUAAGAGUAAUAAAACUGUUUUUGUUUCUU